AUGCACACCAAUGAGAACGAGGCCCAAUCCCAGUAUACCAUUCUCCCAUCGUCGUGCACGUCCGUCCAGCAAGUCGCCGCCGUGACGCCUGCUUCCCUAGUGACGAUGAACACCCACCAGGUGCCUGCCGAUGAUGCUGAAUGGAAGGUAGCACAUGACCCCCGCUCCAACCGACCGUACUACUACCAUCCCGUCACCCGCGAGACCACAUGGAAGAAACCCGCGGCGCUGAUCCAAAAGGAAAAGGACGCGGCGUCGCAGUUCUUUCGCAUGAUGGAACAUAACAUCAAAAGCAAGAUGAUGCGUUCCCCCACCGCCGUGGACGAGUCCAACCACCGCUCGUCCUCGUCGUCGCCUUGCCAUGACAAAGUUGUCCCCAAGCAGGCUGUGAAGACCAACAGGGACAGCGGCCGGCCGCCGAAAACCGGCGGCCCCCCACGCUUGUUCCGCACGCUGUCGGCCAAGGAGGACAUGUUUGACGCCAUGCUGAAUGGCAUCGCGACUCCGCGCACGUCUUCGGCGACUGCGUCCAUGCGCAAAGACAUUCCGUCGCCAAUCGCCGAAGAAAUCGUGUCACCGCACACUGCCUACUACGCGUCAAGACAGUCUGAUUUAGGCAUGCUUCCCACCAACCUCCAUCAGUCGUCGGACGAAUUUACUGUGCCGCCGCAACCGCAGCGCAUGCGGUCGAACAGUACCAACUCCAUCUUCGUGCGCAUGGGCACGAUGAACAAACCCGACCAGACCACUACGUUUUUCUGUGUCGCCACGGUGUUACAUGGUCACAUCCUUGAAUCGACCGCCGCGCCACUCCCCAUGGAUCCGCGCUUCCUCGGGUUUCAAGCGCCGUCGUCGUCCAUGUCGUUCGAUGUUCCGUCUGUCGACGCCAUCGUGGCGUUCAUGACGCAGAUCUACCGCACCGCGCAAAUGGAAAGCGAAUGUAUCAUCAUGGGCCUGAUCUACGUGGAGCGUCUGCUGCAAGCCGCCACAGGCAAGGGCCUGCAACUGACCCCGACCAACUGGCAAUCGAUUGUGUUUUGCUCGAUGGUGAUGGCGUCCAAGGUGUGGGACGACCUGAGCAUGUGCAACGCUGACUUCUCCAAGAUCUUCCAUGGAAACUUCCCCCUCCGCCGGAUCAACGCUCUGGAACUGCUGUACCUGGAUUGUGUCGAGUAUAACGUGCGCGUGUCCGCGGCAUCGUACGCCAAGUACUACUUCCACCUGCGCUCCAUCUACAAAUCCCUCAAGCUCGGCCACCUCAGCGCCUUCGACUCGAACACCCCGCUCAACCUCGAAGGCGCACGCAAGAUGCAGGUCAUCUCGGAAGACUACGAGGAGCGGAUCAAGCUAUUGCCGCCGCCGCUGCGCCGUCGCAGCCGCACCAUCUCGAGCCAGGUGCCGUCGGAGCGGAUCGUCGAGGAAGAGUACCGAUACUCAGACCUGACGGCGCCCCCGGCCAGCUUGGAGCAGUUGGUGCACAUGGAAGUCAAGUCCGCGGGUGGGAACUCGAGUCCGUACAAAUACACGGGGUGGUCGAAGCGCCAUUCCGAGUAGUAGUAGUAGUAGUAGUAGUAGUAGUUCCUCAUAUCCAUUGUCCAGUGUGUAGUAAGUAGUUAGUGCCCAAUUUUGUAGUCGUGUAAAUGUGAAUAUAGAGUCGAGGGUGUGUCGUUGUCAUCUGAUCUGCUACACACCAUCCGCUGCAGCGCCGCCAUGGACGAUAGCGUGCAUGUACGCACA